CAGGCAGGUGGGACUAAUUUAGUUUGGGAACAUGGUCGGCAUGGACUUUAAGAGUCUGUUUCCAUGCUGGAUGACUCGACAAGAGAAGUGUGGAGAUCGUUGCUGCCCAGUAAACCAUGACCUCAGUCCUGGAUUUGAAAACAAAUCAAAGUUGAUUGAGUUUUCUCUUAGAUAUAGUACAUCAGUGAUUUUUAGACAUGGCAUGUUCUAAAUGUAGCUUGCUUGAGAGAAACAAGUGACUACAGUCCAAAAAUAUGUCCAGCACCACAAGUUUGUGUUACUCAUGUCUGGGUUUGUUGUGAACUAUUUGAUAGAAUUUGAUAGCUGUGACCAUUUCAUUAUCAUUAUCGUUGUCAUGAGACUGUCAGCGUGAUAGAAGCUGAACCAGAUGGAUUUUCUUCUUUUGCCAGAUAGCAAUUCCUGUAUCAUGCUGCUGCUAUCGCUGCUGUAAAUCCAUAAGUAUGUUUGUGAAUCCCAUGAACUCUGGCGUCCUGCUCAAAGAAAGCACAGCUUUAUAAAUAAGUUUUAUAAAAGUCUAGAUGUGUUUGCUCGUAGUCACAUAUUGACAGACAAAUCAUCAAAGGUAAUAUGCUACAACCAUAGGAAAACAUAGACAUUGAUAUGAGCAGUUAAAGUCAUUUAGAUUUUACGUUCUAUUUAUUUAUUCAUGGGGCAUGGGUGUCACUGUCUGGGCUGACACUUAUUGCCCAUCCCUUGUUGCGCUUGAGAUGGUGGUGGUGAGCAGCCUUCUAAAACAAGAUACAAUCCAUUUUACAAUUUUCUCCAAACACAUUAGAAUAGUAAAACUUGGCAAUGUGUUAACUUUUCAUCUCAAAAUAACCACUUAACUUUUUAAAACUCUGUUGUUUUAAACUGCAGGACUCACAUCCACCGAAUUUAUUCUGGGAGCAGGAACUGGAGAGUUUACAUUUUGUAGUGGAGAUGAAGAAUGAAAGAAUCCAUCAGCUGGAUAAGGAAGUAUUACAGAUGAAGAAUCUGAUUGAAAUAAAUAACAUACUUGAGGAGAAAGUUAAAAUCCUUCAACAAGAAAAUGAGGACUUGAAAGUUCGUCUGACAAACCAACAGGCCUUUGCAAGACAAUUAACCAAAGAGCAUGAGGUCCUGCAACAGACUUUGGAGAAAGAAACUACAGCCAAAGAACGACUUUGUCAGGAGAAAGAUGAACUGGUCUGGAAGCUGCAAAACGGAAAUGCGUCACCUACUGUUGAAACAUCAUGGAAACUACUUCACUCAGAGUCAUUAGAGGUAUCCUUAAGGUGACAGUAAAUAUUAGAAGAACAGGAAUUUCAUAAAAAACUCGACAAUCUUGAUUAUUGUCCUCCUCCUGAGACAAGUUGAAAGCAUCUACCUCAGCAUGCUUGAUUUUGAUUGUCUCAGUGAAUUUCAGCCCUGAACUGAUUAGAGCCAACAGCUGAAUUUUAAAAAGGAUGCAACACUGCAAUGUUACCAAUCUCCAAAUGAAUCAUGAAUUGAAGUGACAAUGGACUUGGAUGAAAGGAGAAUUUGAAUUUUGAUUUAUAUGGUCCACCCUGCACAUUUUAUGCACCUGUGUUUAGCGAGAGCUUGACUCUGAGACACUUUAUUAAGGGCAUUUGCUGUUUGUUUAUUUUCCUUCACAAUUUCAGAUACUUUAAAGUGUUCUUUGUUUUAGGAAAAUGGCACCAUUGUGAACUGCAUGCUUAGUGAAAUUAGUCUUCCUUGACACAAAUUUAUUCUUCACUUUAAGGAAAGCAAAUAUGAUCUUAUUUUUAUUUUUAACAUAGAAAUGUUAAUCCUUUCCGUUAAUCCCUACAAUUGACAUGUAGAUCAUGAUACUAGUCACGCAGUUCAUCAGCGUAGAGUCUAAAGGUAACAUACAGUCAUCUUAAAUAAGACAGAAAAAAUUCUAAUUAUUCAUGAGGGAAGAAGUAUGAUAGCCAUAUGAAAUUCUUAAAUAUUACAAAGUGAAAACUGGCAUUAUGCACAAAUACAAAUAGGAAUUAAUCUUAGUUUUUUAUUUGCAUAUAACUUGUGGUUUAAAAAAUACAAAAUAAGCCAUUGUACCAAAGCUUGAUGCAUUAGCUACAAAUUAUAAUGUCUACUUGCAUCUCAAAAUUUCAAGCACUUUGUAACAUUACAAUUGUAUUUAGAAUAAGACGUUAGAUCAGAUAGUUCAGAAGUUUUUCAGAAAGAAUUGCUUGUGUCUUCAAUAAAACUAUUGGAGACUGUUGGUGCUUGAUAAUGCCUGUACACACUGCAGACUAUUACAGAGGACAGUCCACAGUCCCACACUUGUUAGAAAGGAACUCUGGAAGUCCACUUCCUAAUCCGAUUGAAACUGCCAACAGCCCAUAACCUCCAUACGUUUCCAUUGGAUGUAAUGAUGCCAAAUAUGAUGAUAAUCAAAGAGCUCUACAAUAAACUCAGGGUAGUGCAAAUAGUUCACAGACAACUAUAGUACACACACAAUACUCUAACAGGAUUUGAAUAUGAAAAAUGCAAUCCUCUGAAGAGUGAUGAAAUCAGUGCCAGUCAGUCAGAUAAAUGAACAGCAGAAUGUUAGGAAAGCCAGAUAAUCAGGAAAUAAGUGCAGAUCUGGAAUUAGUAAAAAUAGGUCGUACUAAUAACUAUAGAAAAUAAUAGCACUUUACUGAUCUAAUGAAUAGUUAGAAUUUUGUGUUAGAUUUUGAAAUAAUUGAAUGCCAAAGUUUUCAAAGGUAAAAGUAAAUGAUUGUUCUGGCUUCUGCACUUGUAUUUCCUUUAGGUUUGUGCAGCAUUUAAAUAUACCUGAUGGCUGUUCUUCAGUUCUCUAAACAAAGGCAGGUCUGACCCACUGUGCCUAAACCUCUUCCAAGGGAGACCAACGAGGCAAGUCCCAAAUCCUUCCAAUCUAGAAUGCAGAUCUCAUGCUAUUGGCAUCAAUCUAAUCUUCACCAGUUUUCGAAUUAAUUGAGCCAACUGGCUUCAAACAAACAAGGCAUUCAAAUUGCUGUGGCAAAAUAGCACAUUGUAGUCCUAGAGCAAUGUGGAGAUUCCAAUUAUUUUCCAUAACAUGGGUGGCCAAGAAUCUUUCCCAGUCUUGCCAUUUGCCAUACGUGUAUGUUGUAAGAUUUUACAAAUGGAUACUUAAUCUCUUUGGACACAUUAAAAAUGCACCUUCCUUGGCCAUCAAGUAGUGGAGUGAGAUGCCAUCUGGCUGUAAGGCAGGAACACUACCACUGCAUCACAAGACCUCCCUGCCUUUACACAUAGCUCGAAAUAUUAGGGUUUAAUGUCACUUAUUUCAAAGAAUGUAGUUAUUGAAGGAUAUUAGCAAUGACUUGGCUGAUUAUCAAAAAGAGGGAAAUGCAUUCACUGUAUAUUUUAUACCCCACCCAACACGACAGUGGUGCAAUCAUAUUGGGCAUAUAUAUCAGAUGAGAAUAUUAAAUGAUAUGAAUUUUCAUGACAGCACACAAAUAAAGAGAAGUGUUCUUUUUCUAAUUUAAUGUGUCUCAUUUUCUCAGGCACUUUUAAGCUGAAAGUUUAUAUUUCAAAACUCUCAAAACCAGAAAUUCUGUAUUAAAUACUGAUUAGAUAUGAAAUAAAGCAAUAAAAAUGAGCAUGCUCCUAAA